AUGAGUUCGUGCAGCCAGUUCAUGCUCCAAGGCUGCGCCUUAUCGGAGGCCCUGGAGGCCAGCAACCCGAUCUUGGUAAUGUUACUUUCGGACUCCCCAGUAGUCCCCAUGAUAUUCCGCGAGUUCAUCGAUGACUGCUUGAACAUGCAACCCCUCAUCACGGACGAGGUUGCCUGUGAGGCAGUCCGCAUCUUCCUCGAGUCCCUGGACAGGCCGGAGUCCUGGAAGCACCCCCUGCCUCGUAGCUACAAGUCCUUCUGGGGCGUCGAGCUGCACAUCGCUCACUUCAUGCUCAGGGUCCUGGACCGGGUCAAGUUCGGCAACGACGGCUUAAGGCGCCGGUUCGACGAGGACCCGGACAGGGGUGCGCAAUACAUCUUUGGCAUGCUUGGCGUCUGUAUUCGUCUUUAUCAGGAUGGCAAGUUUCCGGAUGGUCCUGCUAAUCUGGAUGCUCACAUGCAGAAGCAGACGUUAUCUUGGAUUGCGUCGGUGCAGGGCAACCUGGACCACUGGUAUGUCAUCUACGAGCAGGCGAUCGACCAGGACGGUGAGCGCGAUGGCGACGACAGCGACGUGUCCUGGCACAGUAUGUUUUUGAGCCUCAUUGAGAACCGCCACGAGUCCCCUGAUUGUCCGUCUUUUGUCGGUGAGUUUGAGAAGUUGGACGUCAGUGAAUGUGACGAUGCUGGUCUUCGGCACCUAGAGACUGGGGAGGUUAUUCUAGACACCAUUAUAGUUCGUUAG